CUUCCUUCCACGAUCUGCCCAGCCAUGGCGGGAAUAUCAUGGCAUUAUGUUCUCAAGUUCAUUAUUACUGGCGACGCCGCAGUGGGCAAAUCUUCGCUGCUCAUCCGGCUCACUGACCAGCGAUUUUUGGCAAAUCCGGAUCCAACGCUAGGAGUCGAAUUCGGGUCAAAGCUCAUUACAUUACCAGAAGAGAACAAAGUGAUCAAACUUCAAUGCUGGGACACCGCUGGAACGGAGUCAUUUCGGUCUAUCACGCGUUCGUAUUAUCGUGGCGCCGCUGGAUGUCUCUUGGUUUAUGACGUGACAUCUCGGAAAAGCUUCAAAAAUGCACGAUCAUGGCUCGCCGAUGUUCGCGAACAUGCAGAUCCUCAUCUAACAUGCAUACUCGUCGGCAAUAAAGUAGACCUUUGUGAGGCGGAUGGACCAUCAAGCGAUAGAUCUUCAUCUGCUUCUCCUCGACGACAAGUACCGACGGCCGAAGCUGAACAGUGGGCAAAGGAGGAGGGCUUACUCUUCGUUGAGGCUAGCGCCAAGUCGGGGCAGAAUGUGGAACUCGCUUUCGAGCAGGCAGCAAAAGAUAUUCUAGACAAAAUCAAGAAAGGUGUCUUCGAUGACGACCGGUCACCGGGUGUCAAACUAUCGAAACCCAACAACAGUCUCACCCUAGAGCAAGGGACGGGUAGAUCAACCACUUGCUGCUCAUGAUACCCACGACUCUGUAUGGUUAUAUGUAUCGUUUUGCUUGUGCUGUAUGUAGUAUGUAUUAGCUUCGAGCACUUUCUUUCUGUACAAUCACAGCCUAAUAAUAAACUGGAUCGACACAUAAUGCAUCUUCCUGGAUUUGGUCUUGGGCUUUUAGUAACAGACGCUAGGUACUCGACGGGUUUGAACCUGUUUUUUCUGCGCUCAUCGAGAACUUCUAUUCACAAGAGGGUUCCCAAUAAGCGGAUCUUGGUUCAUAUCUUCACUGUACUUGAAUGAUUUUCCCGCCGUCCAGGACUUGGAAACGGAUAUGAACGGGUAGGGUGGCUUCUUGACUUAGACCAAUUCACUGCAGAGGCUGGUGCAUUUUUGAUAGCUUCAAAUGGGACCUUGAAAGGUUUUAAUUUCAGC